AUGGCUUCAAUAUUCUCACUCCCGAGCGAAGUUGUUCUGUCCUCUCUAGUUGAACGGUUCCCUUGUCGCGAUCAGCAGAUUCGCACCUUAUCCACUCUCCUGUCCAUCCGAGGAGCAGGAAGCCGUAACAUAGUCCUCCACGGCCUGGAAGCAACUGGGAAGACUUUAGUGACGAAAGCGCUGCUCGAGGAACUCUCAAAUCUUGUGAUAAAGGAACGAACGAAUGCCAAUGGGCACCCCAAGGACAGCCUACGGCAUGCGAUUGUCAAAAGCGCAGAGUGUAUUGGUGGCAGACAUCUACUCGAGCAGACAGUUGGAGCUGUUGCCAAAGCAGUGGGCUGGAAAGAGAACGUUGGGCGCUGUGAGAGUCUUUCUCAGCUAGCAGUCGAGCUCCAAAAGUUCCUGGGUGGCUGGGCAGCAAGUGCAGAGGACGAAGAAGGAAAGAAGAGAUUUGUGCUAGUAUUCGACGGUAUAGACCGCCAGCGCGAUGCCCCCCCAACCCUUCUACCAGCUCUCGCGCGACUAGGAGAAAUUAUCCCUAACUUGACCACCGUCUUCAUUACUACCUCGCCGCGUCCCAACUUUCUCCAAUUCCAAGGCGUUCCGCAUAUCUCCUUCCCAGCCUACACGAAACCCGAGCUUCUCCAAAUAAUCGCCCUCACAACACCUACUCCCACCCUCCCAAAUGAGUCCAGAGAGACAUGGCUAAGAUAUUGCUCUGCGGUCUGGGACUCUCUAUCCAAGCACUCCGGCCGCGACAUCCUCUCAUUCCGCUCCGUUUGCUUACGCCUAUGGCCCCGCUUCAUAAAGCCAAUCCUCGACGGCUCUUUAAACCCCACACCGUUCACCAAACUUCUAAUCGCAAACCGCUUAUUAUUCCAGAACGAUGCCGCGCUAGUCCACAACAUUGUAGCGGACUCCGCGAGCGAUAAACCAAUUGUUGCGAGUACAUCAGCGAAAUACACAGGUAUUGGCGCCCAGUUGCCCUUCUACUCCCGCCUGUUAUUAGUAGCAGCCUACCUGGCCUCCUUCAACCCUCCCAAGACGGAUGCAACGCUCUUCAUGAAAGCUGCCACGUCCAAGCGUCGGAAGAAGGGUGGGGGGACAGCACUUUCGAAAGGCAAGCCUGGCACUGCGAAACAUAGAAAGAUAUCCCGAAAUCUGCUAGGUCCGCAAGCGUUUGUUGUAGAGCGGAUGCUAGCUAUCUUCCACGCUAUCAAGGAAGACUCCAUUGCGUUUGGGAGGGGGAAAGGGAAGGUGGAGGGUAGUGCGGAUAUACUGAUGGCUGUGGCUACGCUGGCGAGUUUGAGACUGCUGGUGCGGAUGGGCCCGGCCAACACGGCGGAUGUGUUGGACGCGGGAACGAAGUACAGAGUUGCAGUGGGAUGGGAGGUCGUGAGGGGCGUGGGAAGGAGUGUGGGAGUCGAGGUGGAGGAUUACCUGGCUGAGUAG